UUUGCUUAUGUGGUCUGCAGGACGAAGGAUGAAGAAAACAUGGUGAUGUUACGAGUUUGGGGACGAUGCUAACCUUUCUGGAGACGGUGCGACUGGACAAAACCCCUUGUCAGAGUUAUUCAUGGCGUCGGCCUGCUGUCUUUGAACGAUGCACGCCACUGUUUUUGGAUCCCGCUGGCACUUUAUGAUGAGAAGGGAGGUCUGGAGCCGAGAGAUCGAGGAUAACGGAUCACAGCUGACAGGCGGAUCGACCGCUGGACCUGGUAAACACACGGUCGCAUGUUAUGUGUCACGGUCGGGUCUCGUGUGGUCUGAAAGCUAACUGUUGCGGGAGGUUAGUCAGUCUGAGCUGAAGACAGGUGGGCCAGAGGUGGGAAAUGGCACCGCGCUGCUCCAAAUUCAUCCGCUUGAGCGAAGGAGGAUAGCCCCUUCAGGCGAAAUAUCCUCAGAGAAAACACUGUGUGGUAAACGUUGUUUUAACAUUUACUACAUCUGACUCUUAAACAGGACCAACGCAGGUCUUGCUGGCUCGCACAGCGUUAUUAUUGUUGUUCCAUCACUUUGCAGAAAUGUCCUUCACAAUGGAGGAUAAUUUGGAGUCGGGGUGGGUGGCUGUUCGCCCGAAUGCGUUUGAGGAGAAAGAAAAGCAUAAAUUCGUUUUUAUCGUCGCCUGGAAUGAAGUGGAGGAUAAAUUUGCCAUAACGUGUCAUAACAGGACGGUGCAGAGGAGAAGCUUUGGUAGGGACGCUCCGGUGGAGGCGACCAGCCAGGAAGGGGACAAAACAAAAUGGCCCGAGAGUCCCGUCAGGGAUAAAGUAUGUAGGAGCCCCAGCAAAGCAACCAGGGAGGCUGUGGUUAAAGGCUACAGUUCUAAAACUAAGUCUGGGAUAGCAACAAAACCAAGUCCUAUCAAAGCUGUGAUUAAAACUGCAGCAUCCCCCGCUAGUCCUGACACUGAAGGGUUAAAAUCACUAAGAGGGGACCAACUGACCCCCUCUCUGGACAGCUUGGACCUGGAGGAACUGGAUAGUCUGAGCAGGGAUGACUGCAGCUGGGCCGGACUGUUCUCCUUCCAGGACCUCCGGGCGAUCCACCAGCAGCUGUGCUCGGUGAACUCGGACCUGGAGCCCUGCCUCCCGGUCUUUCCGGAGGAACCAGCCGGGAUGUGGACGGUGCUAUUCGGGCCGACGGAAGUAUGCGAGACAGAAAUGGAUGAGCUUUGCUACAGUUUACAGGUGUACCUAGGCCAUGCGCUCGAUACGUGUGGGUGGAAGAUCCUUUCGCAGGUUGUGUUCACGGAAAACGACGACCCAGACGAGUACUAUGAGAGCCUGAGCGAGCUGAGGCAGUCCGGGUACGAAGAGGCGCUCAACCGUGCAACAAAACAUCUGCAGGAGCUGCUGGAGAAGCACAAGAUCAUGGACAGUAUGGUGGAGCUGCUGGAGCUAUAUGAGGAGGAAGAUCAGGCCUAUGGAGGCCUGCUGGAGGCGUCCACACAGCUGUACCAGUACCUGCUGCAGCCCUUCAGAGACAUGAGGGAACUAGCAAUGCUGCGCAGACAGCAGAUCAAGAUUUCCAUGGAGAAUGACUACUUGGGCCCAAGGCGGAUUGAAGCUCUAAAAAAGGAGGACUUUGACUGGCAGAAGAAAGCUCAGGAGGCAGUCCUCAACAUCCAGGAGUUUACUGUAAAAUACUUUGAGAUCACUGCCAGAGCCCAGAAAGGGGUGUAUGAGCGUAUGAAGGUUGACCAGCGUAAGUUUGGUAAAUCGUCAUGGACAGCUGCGGUGGAGCGCAUGGAGAGACUCCGCUACUCUGUCGCCAAGGAAACUCUGCAGCUGCAGAGAGCUAGGGAGAUCUGUCUGGAGCAGAGGAAACACACCCUUCGAGAGGAGAUGCAGGGUCUGUGCAGCAGUGAGGAUGCCAUGGCGCGCUUAGACCACAUGGAGACACAGUACUAUGAGCUCCAGCUCCAACUGUAUGACAUCCAGGCAGAGAUACUACAGUGUGAAGAGCUUCUCCUCACCGCUCAACUAGAGAGCAUUCGCAGACAGAUGACCGAACGUCAGGAUGAGGUGGUGUACUAUGACACCUUUGAAAGUGCAGAUGAUAUAACAGAGGAUGAUACUGCAGAGAGGGAAGAGCUGCGCAGACUUCGGGUCAGCGCUCGACAGCUAGAGGCAAGAAGGGGGCGCAUCACUGCCAAGCGCUCCUAUCUGAGGAACAAGAGGGAGAUCUGUGUAUUCAAUCACACUCAGAAACAGCAGAAACGCCAAACUACCCACAAGGACUCCAUAUCCCACCAGGUCUUACAGCUGAAAAAUGAAGAAGAAGACGAGGAAAGGAAGAAUAGCAGAGUUAGUCAGGAGAGACAGAGAACUUUGGACAGACUACGCACUUUCAAGCAGCGGUACCCAGGUCAGGUGAUUCUGAAGUCCACUCGACUACGUGUUUCCUACACCAGAAGAAGAGAGCGCGGAAGGAGCAUGGAAAUGAGUAGCGUGAGUGAGAGGGAGGAGCGUGUGGACUCUGUUUGUGUCCAGACGCAGGGCCAGCCGCUGUGUCUCAGCACCAGCGUGCAGACGGAUCCCAGCCCCAGCUCCACGCUCACCACUCAGCCCGUCACGGCCCUCACAGCAUCCCUUCCUCCGCUGCCUGUGCCCAGUCCUGCAGACUCCUCCUGCUCUCCCUGCUCCCUGUCCUCACUACUGGCAUCCCCCAUUUCCCCUCCUCCUCCACCUCCCCCUCCACCUUUGCCAACAAAGGAGGAGUUGUCGCCUUCUGGGAGCCCAGGUCGGCAUGGGCAGAAUGUUGAGGGGAAGAGUGCAGCAAAAGUGCGCUCCCUUUCCCCACUCGGUCCAUUCAUCCCUCGCUUCUUUGACAGCAGCCAACUGGUGAGCGCCCGGAAAAAGUUGAGGAAGACUCCAGAGUUUGACUCCCACACUAGAAGAGUGAGCUCACCCAUGGACGAGGUGCUAGCCUCCCUGAAGAGAGGCAGCUUCCAGCUGAGAAAGGUCGACCAGCGGUCCCUGCCUCCUACCAAGGGUGAAGAUGACCCCAACAGCAUCCUGGUUCAGAUUCGCAAGGGGGUCAAACUGAGGCGCGUACCCAGGAAAGAGAGAAAGGACCAGGGAGAACUCCCGGCUUCCACCGACCCCCUGACCAGGAGCAUCCAUGAAGCACUGCGCCGCAUCAAGGAGGCCUCACCAGAGUCUGACUCAGAUGACGACGGGCUGGCUGGUCCUGACUGGGACAGCUAGGAUUCAAGGCUCAAACUCAACAAAUAAUACACAUACAGAUUCCUGCACCCGGCACUGCACACACUGUACUGUACUGCACUAUACUGUACACACACGCAAACACGUACAGACAUUCACACUCAAGCACACACAGCCCAGUCACACAUGUACCUAGUGACUAUGCCAGGGCCUGAAUCAUACCGAAUAUCACUAACUCACCACAUGCUGCAAGGUCAAGCUGUUCAUUUGUUUUUCACACUAUAUUCACAUCAUGAAGGACACUAUUUGUGUUUUUAUUGCUACUUUAUGUCACUGUGUUUUUUUUCCUGUAAUCAGACUGUAAUAAUGCCAUGUUUGUUGUGCUAUUUUUGUUAUUUUUCAGUUGUACUAUUGAAUAGCUCUGCACUGGCCCUUUGUUGGCUACAUUACAGUUACAUUCAGAAACAGCACAUAACACAUUUAACACCAACACACUGCAGUGGCAGUUAUUUGUCAGACUGAAAACCUCAAACGCUAAGCUGUUAGUACUGUGAGGUGUGUGACUUUUUUUCCCACUCAAAAUGCGAAACUAUAACUGUAACAAAAAUAUAUAAUGGGUAUGGUUGAAAAUGUGAGGUGAUCUGGGAGAUUAAAAUACAAAUAUAUACUCCCACUGAGAUUUGAACUGGAUUUACGGUCCAGAUUGUAAACCAUUACACUAUCAAACAUCACCUCUGCUCACACUCUCUUCUAUUUUUACUCAACCAGUAUAACAUGACUGAGCCCCACUAUACAGUACAGCUGGUUUUGUCCUGUCACAUAGUAGUAGUGUCAGAAAGUAUGAGGACCACUACUUGUCUAAUCUGACACUGUAGAUCCGUGCCCCUCCCCCGCUCUCGUCCUCUUCCGGCCUUCACUACCCCCAGCUCUCACCCCCUCUCUGGGUGAGGAAACAUGUAUUGACCCAUCUGUUCGACCGCAACAUAUGGUCAGACUGGGAGAUAUGGAAAGUCACAAUAGGUUUAUCAUUCGGUGCCGCAUCUAACAACAUCUCUGAGCAGAAGCUGGCCACCUAUAAUAGGAGGGGAUUAGAGGAAGGGUCAUCUGCAGAACUGCAGUUUCUUUAGGGAGGUGGAGGUCAUGGUUGGUGUCGGUACUAUUUGUAAAGUGUGAGCAAACUUCUUAUGUGGGAUAGUCAUGGCAUAGCUGUGAAACUGGUCGCGCAUGUUUGAAUGAUGGCUGGUUUGUGGGAGGCUAGAUUCUCUCUGCGCUGUAGGGAGUCACUGUGGGUUGUGGAGCAGGCGGUCGUGAUCGAUGCGGUUUCUCCUGCCAUCUUAUUCACGUUCUCUCCUCUUCUCUAUUGCAUAUUUACUCAUUUUUUUCUCUGCACUCAGUGGGCAGAAGCACACAGUAGGAGGUCUGUUACUCACUGUGCUGGUAACCAUGCUCAUGCACACAUGGACUCGCACACUAAACUCACAGCCAACAUGUGCAGGAACAUUUUCGUGGCAAAGUGAAUCCACAGCCUCUACUCAUGAGAAAUGGUUUCAGCACUUUCAUGAUACAUAGUACACAUUCUGAAUCACUCUAUCUGUACAGUAACAACUUUUUUUUUAAUCACUUGUGAAAUAUUAUAGCUGUAGUAGAUGAGUAAGUUUAAAAGCACUAAACAACAUGUGGAACUGGACCUACAGAAGUGUGAUGGAAGGACAGUAUGAGAAGACCAGUGAGAUGCUUAGCAGCACAGUAAUUCACGCAAACAUACAUGUUGACAUGAAGCAGAAAGGUGUGGAUUCAUGAACUAAGCUCGGCGUCUGGAUCGUGCUCAGCAUGCAUUGUCCUAAACAGCUAUGUUGCAAAGAUUUGUGCUUUUCCUCUUGUUCUUGUGUUGAGUGCCAUUCAUCAUGAAGCAGCCAUUAAUUUAGAAAGUACAGGCAUGGAACUAUAUGUCACAUAAUACAGCAUGAAAAUAGCUCAGUGCUAAAGAGAAUUUAUUAUUUUCCUGGCAGAGUAAACGCAAUUUGACAUUUCUUCUGUCAUUGUCAGCACAACAUUCUUCCCUGGUACCCUCAUCAUGUAGCAUGAGACAAUGAUCUAACCCUGAACCUUAACCCUAAACUUAAACCUAACCCAGACCAUACCUGACUUAAUGUCGAUAAAACUGACCAGGGCAGAGUUUCCCAAAAUAUGUUGGCACUAAGGUUUAAGCUGCUCCACUGAACAAUGACCAACAAUGUGCUAAAAAUGUUUGGGAAACUCAACUAUUUAUCUGCUGACUGACCUUCGAAACACACUGUCAUAUGUUUUACAGUAUCCUUUAUCUAUAAAUAAUCUUAACACAGCUUGUUUGUCAGCUAACUGCAAUUUUACAUUGCAUUUCAAUGCUUAGUUUGUAUCCCGUUUUUUCCAAAGCACUUCCGGGCCAAAUCAUUUUAUGUUUUGGCUUCUGAAAAUUUCCUUUGUAGACCUGUUACUAACACAGGUUAACUAUAUAAUCCGUUGUCAGUCACUUGAGAAGUGCAAUAUCAAUAUAGAGAAAUACAAGAACAGAGAUGAAACAAGUUAUAUGGGUGAUAAUGAGUUCAGAUGGAUUGCCUACUACAACAACAGACUUAUUAAAUGUUGCAGUUGUGUUUACACAGUAGUGUGUAGCCACUGUUCCAAGAAUAACUUUUUGCCUUUAGUCCUAUCAUUUUCAUUUAUUCAGACCUUUUUUUCUUUACAACCUUGCCCCUACAUUUGAAUAAAACCUUGUGAAGCAAA